AUGUCGACAGUGCAUCAUUACUACAGUGUGAUGAGGGUGAAUGAUGAACACACCACGGUUCUGCCUGGUGAUUAUUUCAACUUUGAUGUCAAAGUUAGAUUCCACUCAGCCAAUACAUUCCCAGCAGGGUUACAGCAUCAUCUUUCUCCGGCGGCAAUACCCGCUCAAGAUUUCUUCCAACAGGGUCCAACCUUCUUACACACCAUGUUCUCACUUUCACCUUUCUCCCUUUUUGGAUGUACGGAGCAAAUAAUAGAAGGGGUUCUUUCCGAUGUUCAAGGCUUGUUUCGAGUUGAAAACCUUUCUUCUUUUAUUUCUCUGGAACCUCAGGAAUCUCAAAACCGAAUCAUCCCUUUAACUAUCACGGUUAUAAUAUUGAAAUUUGAAGAUCGUGCAAUUAUUGAAGAGGGCAGACAGAGGUAUAUAAGGAGCCAGAGGGUGAGUUCAAGAAGGAGUGAAAGGCUCGCUACAAGAAGGAGCGAGAGGCUGAGAGCGAGUCAGAGGCAAAGUUCUAGGCAGAAUCAGAGGCAGAGUUCUGAAGUGGAAUAUGAUUCCGAUGAUGAAGUCAUGAUAAAUUCAUUUUUGAAGAAGUGUACUGUCAUCAGAGGACGUGAAGAUUGCUGUAUCUGCUUGGAAGAGUUGAGUGUCAAUCCUGAGUGCUACACGUUGCCAUGCCAACAUGCCUUUCAUCUUCCAUGUAUCCUCACAUGGCUCAAAAACAGUCAAGCGUGUCCCUUGUGUCGCCACUCUUUGCGGACAGCUGAGACAGCUGAGAACUAG